AUGUCUGUUGUAGGCCGUUCUAACUCUGCUGCUUCGUCUCUUCCUGCUCCGUCGCUACACAAUAUCCCUGCACCAGAUACAAUCGCUCCGAUUUUGACUUCUAUCGACUCUUAUAUUCGAGUUAACUCAGCACUGAAAGAAAAUGUCCCCCCCCACACUUUUGAUGAAAACGAACACCUCUGUUCUCCCAGCAUAAACCACGCAGAACCUAAUGACGCCCCCUCGAAGUCUCGCCAGCCCUCACUACCGAAAGAGUCUACUUCCGAUCAUCCGCUGAAUACCGUCGAUUCACCGACCAAUCUCUUCACCCCCGCCCCAUCGUCCGAUGGGGCCGACACAGCAAAUACUCUUUGCCUGACUUCUCGCCAUGGCUCGGUGCGUGCAGCGCUGUCAAACUUGAACGGCUCACCUGGAUCAAGUACCAGUCACGCAGAACCUACCUAUGCCGCGUCGGCGCCUCGCCAUCUCCAAGGAUCUACUCCCGAUAAUUCUACCGCAGAUCUCGUCACUCUCUCCACACCGCUCAAUCGGGCUGGCUCUCUUCGUUUGAACGCUUCACCACGGCCUGCAAGCCAGUCAAUCUUAGCUCGCUCACUAAGAUCAAGUACUCCCGACGCUUCCGGAACAAGCCAUGCGGAGCUCAGCCAUGCGUCUCCAAAACCAAGUCGUCGUAGCUUGUCCACUGAUCUCUUCACAUCCACCCCGCCACCCAAUCAGGCCGCUUUAACCAGCCUGGAUGGGUCCAAUCAUCGUAUCAUUGAGACAUCAUCCAAUGCACUAGUCUCCACAUCGAAGCGUUGGGGUCGGCAUCGGGCCGAGUUGGAAACACUCCUUGCUCUCAAACGAGCUGAUAAAGUCCAAGAAGUUCGCAAGCGGCUUUUACGGCGCAUACACCCGAUGAUCCCCCUCGUACAACACAAUGCCUUACCGUGGAACGACCUGCCCAUUUUAUGCUUGGCGAAGGCUGUCCAAAUCAGCGGCAUUCCGGACUGUUGCCCCCUACCAGGUUUCUGUUCUUCUCCUCGAGGUAUCUCUGGUGUACCCACCCGGUUCUUGUCGUUGUUCCUGAAACAUCUCCCCGAUGACAUUUCCCAGGGGAUAGUUUUGCGUAGAAUGUCAGCAGAAGAAAGUGACGCCAUGAAGGCUGGCAAGGUGCCAGUGAUUGUUUGCAAUCCACCGCACCCUCAAUCAAGGCACACUCGCGCAAAGCAACUCUUCAUCGCCAACAACCGAAUGUGGAUUGAUCGAUGUGGUGAACCACGACGACCCUCCAGCCACGCUGACGACUCCGACUUUGCACCAUCGGACGAUGACCCCCAUGACAAUUCCACGCCAUCUACAUCAGUAAACUCCAAUGUAAUACAUGGGCGACCCCGUCGACCUCGUCGACCUCGUCAAAGGCCCAGUACACCCACGCCCACGCCCAGUGUUUCUCCUAGCCCAUCUUAUUCGGACAACGAUGAUGCCGAAUCCGUCUCGUCAUCUAUCUGUAACAAGAGCAAGGGCAAGGGUAAAGCUCGUGCCCACUCCCGAGCACGGUCUGAUGAAGAAGGUGCUCAUUCGCGACAACAGUCUGACGAAGAGGAGGAACAUAGAUCGUCCAAAAGAUCUCGGAUGAAACUUCGGGAUCGAAAGUAG